AUGAAGGUGGCAGUUCUGUGUUUAUGCCUCGUGAGCAUCACUGUUGCAUGGCCAGUGAGUAAAUCCAAGCAGCAUGCCAUUUCUGCCAGCUCUGAAGAAAAAUAUGAUCCCAGGGGCCAUCACUCACACAGGUAUCACCACCACCGCCGCCACCACCACGUGAAUUCUCAGUCUUGGGAGAGUCUGCAGCACCCACAGAAUGACCUGGCAUCACCUCAGCAGACUCUUUACUCUUCAGAAGAAAGCAUGGAUGUUCCAGUACAACCGCACUUUCCUGAUGUGUCAAGCAAGGGCCAUGAGAAUAUGGAUGAUGACGACGAUGACAAUGAUUCCAAUGACACGGAUGAAUCCGAUGAGGUUGUCACGAGUUUUCCCACAGACAUUCCAGUAACUGUACCCUUCCCUCCUUUCCCUUUCACCCGGGGAGACAAUGCUGGCAGAGGUGACAGCGUGGCCUACAGGGUGAGGGCAAAAGCCACAGUGGUGAAGCCUAGCAAACUCCACAAAGCUGCAAAAAAGCUCAUCGUGUAUGAUCCCACCGAGGAGGAUGAGAGCGCCCUGGAUGCAGACAGCCAGCAAGCGGAGCUCUCCCGGGAGGAUCCUGCUGCCCACCGCUCCCUGGGGAAGCACACCAUCAGUGAGGAAUGGGCUGACAAGAGCCACAGGGAGGACAGCAGCGAGCCAGACAGCAAGCAGCAUGACCGGAGCAUGGAAAACGACAGCCAGCAGAAAUUUGAUAGCCAUGAGGCAGAACGAGAUGAUAGCAAGGCUGGUGUCAGAGGCGAUAGCCACCUGAGCAUGGAAAGCAGGGAGAGCCAGGUCCGUGUUUCAGCUGAGAUCCCUGACGAUAACAGCAAUCAAACAUUGGAGAGUGCCGAGGAUGCUCAAGAUCACCACAGCAUUGAAAAUAAUGAAGUCACUCUUUAA